GUCUUCCCUCGAUGAACCAAACUGGAAGAGACAGUCCUGUCAAUUGGCCGAACAAGAGCUCAAUGUUGCUCUCUGCUUGACAGCGACCUUCCCCCCGACUCCCCUUCGCCCUGCGGCCCUCCUUCAUUCCCAGCCAAGACGACAGAAUGUGACGGCCGACGGAAAGCGGCCCAGGAUGUUCCAGGAGCGAAUCCGAGUGGGGCUGGCCACAUUGGAUUGCGCAACAACCGGUCAGUCGUGCGAGAAGCGGUGAUACACUGAGUGUGACCAGUGAGCAGUGCGGUUAUCACCGCCUGACCGGUUGUGGCGGAGGCAUGAUGCAUUAUCUCGCCCGAGAGACUUCGUUUCUGCGCAGUUUUCCUGCGCUGUGACUCGAUUUCGAACUGAUUGACUGGCUGAUCGGCUAUCUGCCCAUCUGCCUAUCCUAUCUAGGCCAUCGGGGUACUCGGCUAUCCCAUUCUCAGCGGUCAUUCAUGGUGUUGUGUUCGUGGCUUCCCCUCUCCCGCCAAAACAUGGCCUUGAUUCUCGUUCGCCUGUUUCGCCGAGAAUUACGCCGGCAAUACGUCCCAGCUCCCCUGGCGUUUUGACUUCCAUCCCCAUAAAUGCCUCUCCCGCCCUGUUGAGAUCACGCUUCGAUUGUCACAACCACCCUUUUUUCAGCCCCGUGAAUUUGUGGUAUUCUCGACUUUUUGCUUUUCUUUGCUCUACCCUAUCUACAUGAGCAAUUUGAGGAUGGCUCAACCCCAGAAAUGUGCUGCUGUUGUUGUGGGAGCCGGUCCUGCCGGUCUGGCAGUUGUGGGAAAUCUCCUGGAGAAGCAACUUGGAGGGAAAAUUGCCUGGGUUGACCCGUUGUUCCAAGGUGGCCGGAUAAACCAGAGAUACCGCGAGGUUCCUAGCAAUACCAAGGUGUGCUAUUUUCAAGCGUACGCUACGGCCGUUCAACCUUUCCGCACCGUAAUCGAGAACACUCGUAUUCCCAACCCAUUUACGACGAUGGCCAAACUCGACCAGAAUAAAACCUGUCAUCUGCAUCAUGCUAUUGAUGUGGUUCGCGCUCUUACCGAUGGCAUCACAAAGAUGGAUCGGGUUCUGCCAUGUCGGGGAGUUGUCACAGCUGCCAACCUGGCCGAGAAAACUGCUACUUGGACCGUUCGCAUCCGGUUGCAGGACUCGCAGGAUGAAGUCGAGGUGCUGACGCCUCGACUCGUCGUUUGUACAGGAUCAUCCCCAACCGAGGUCUCUAUCUCAGUUCCUGGGCACCACAUCGAAAGGCUGGACCUGGAUGUAGUGCUGAAGCCCAGCGACCUGGUGUCGCAUCUUCCCCGAGACAAGCCCUUGACCGUCGCCGUAGUAGGAGCGUCGCAUAGCGCCAUCCUAGCCCUCCUCAAUCUGGUAGACUUGGCCCGCACUUCCCAUCCCGAGCUCCGUAUCAAGUGGUUCACUCGGCAUUCUCUGCGGUAUGCCGAAUUCAUGGACGGCUGGAUCCUCCGAGACAACACCGGACUCAAAGGCUCUGCUGCCGACUUUGCCCGCCAGCAACUGGAGGAUGACAAGCUGCCACAUUCCGAGGCUGGCCGGUUCAUCACCAAGGUCUACUGCGGCGACAACCAGGAGCAGGCACAGUAUGAGCGGCAUCUGCCCUCAUGCUCGUACCUGGUCCAGGCCGUCGGCUUCACGCGGGACCCGCUGCCAGAGCUGUCUAUCAACGGCUCCUCAUUGGAGCCCGAAUUCGACCCGGUUUCGGGAGGCUUCCGCGACUCCAACGGCCGCGUUGUCCGGGGUCUGUAUGGGGCGGGGAUUGCAUUCCCGGAGCGGGUGGUCGAUCCGUACGGCAACGUCGAGCAUGCGGUCGGGUUCUUCAAGUUUAUGAACUUUGUGAAGCGGGUAUGUCCUCGGUGGAUAUCGUAGUGGCUGCAUUCCCUAGAGGUUUAUAGUGCAUUGUAUGUGUCACCGCUGGUCGGUCGAUACGACGUGAACAAAUAUAAUAAUUUUGCAAACAAGAGCUC